AUGGCCAAACUUACAGACCUACCCAAUGAAGUUUUGGAGUCCAUAUACCACGCUCUUGGCAGUAUUGACGAUGUCCACCACUUGAUUCGAACAUGCAAGAUAACAGCACGUGUCACGUGUCAGCGAAAGGUCUAUCUCGGCAUCAUGCGUUCUAUCAUUCAUCAUUCCCCUCAACACAGACACGACUACCAGCUGAACAAGAUGCUAGCCGUCCAUGCACGUUUUGUUGUUGAUCUUUCAGAAAAAACGACUGGGUUGCUAGCCACCAAACGUCCACUGUCACCUUUAAAUAGCCACGAGACGAGCCUUCUAGACGCUCUUCAACUGAAUGCUUACGAAGCUAAUUGGUCGGAUAUGGCGAUAUGUGAUGUCCUAGCUCGCUAUCAAGGUCUCCGCAUAUUAGAGGACAUUUGGUUGAGCAGACAACUUGAAGAAGAGGAUUACCUAUCUGUAAGCGAUGCCGAAGAUCACCAGGAGUUCUCUGAAGGGUUUUUUACCCUUGUCACUCGUGCCGAUGAGUUGGACGAGGGACAAUUACAAAGACGACACCCGAAAGAUAAGCAUACUUGUUCGUACACGAGCAUGAAUCCCGACCAAAGAGCUCGAUUCUAUGCUGCUGUUGUUCGCAUCUGGCUUGCGAAUGAAGUUCGAUGGGCGCUGACGAACUUCGACUCCGCUAAAAAUCUUUUGGAGCCCUGUAAAAUAGCGAUUACGUACCUUGAGGAUGAACCUCUGAUUGACAGACUGGAUGAAUGCGCCGUUUUUACUUUUAUGUAUCAUCAUCUGCUCCCAAGAAACAUCAAGUUCUUAGCGGAUAGAGAUUCAUCAAAGCUACCAUUUACAUUCGAGUCGGAUUUCCGCAGGAACAACGCGCAUUGUUGCAAAUUACUUCAGAUAUGCCUAACGGCAGGGCAAGCCUACUUUCAGCCGCCUGAUUUGAUUGAUCUCGCUGUUCGCUGGCGACUCGGCCGCCGGCCGCCUUACCCGGCCAUAACAAUGCCGGAGUCAAGUGAGGAAUGGAGGCACCCGCAAUCCACAGACUCCCCGCCCCUCACUGACCUGUGUGAUAAAGAUACGGCCCUGAGGUUACUGCGAGUCUGCCUUCGUCACGUCGCCAGGAUUGUACAGUCUUCGAUUCAAGAUGAUGCUCACCCUAUGGCUCGCUUACGGAAUGUGACGCAGCUCUUGCAACUGUCGCCUAGACAUGGGCUUCUAAAUAUCUCUGACUGGGCGAUGGCAUACCUUGUUGAUCGAGUGAUGUGUGAGUUUGAAAGGGACAAGUCACCCGAGGAAGACUUGAGGGAUAUGAAGAGUAUAUUCCAGGUGGAAUGGAAGGAUGUCCAGUGGGAGAUAUGGUGGUGGGCGAACAACGAUGACAAGGCAAGAAUGAAGAUGACGAGGUGGUUCCAGCGAAUUGGGCUACCCCGGUGA